CCAUUGCCUUGCUCUGUUCUCACUGCGAAACGAUUUGCUAGAACCUGCCGCCGCAUUCUACUCUUAUGUGGGCGUCCAUGUCCACUUCCUGUUCAACCGAUUACAUUACAAUUCAAAGCCUCCGCCCGAAAUUCUCUCCCGCUCAAAAUAGAUCUUUCUCUUUACCCUGCUGCGCCUUCAGACAGGGCGGUGUUAAGCUAAAACCCCAAUUCAAGUCUCGAUUGCUGUCGUCGAAACCCGAACCCCAUCCCAAGCGAGGGGAUUCAGUGAGGCGAAGUGUGAUUAACGAAGCGGAUGGCGAAGAGGAGAAGAGUUGGAAGUCUGUGGAUGAUGAUGAGCAGUUCGUCCGAUGGUUCCGUGAAGCCUGGCCGUACCUCUGGGCGCACAGAGGGGGCACUUUUGUUGUCAUUAUCUCUGGGGAGAUUGUGUCUAGCCCAUUUUUGGACCCCAUUUUGAAGGAUAUUGCAUUUCUACAUCAUCUGGGUAUCAGAUUCGUUAUUGUUCCCGGAACCCAUAAGCAAAUUGACAAAAUUUUGGCAGAGAGAGGACACGAGCCAAAGUAUGUAGGUCAAUAUAGAAUAACAGACUCUGAAUCUCUAGAUGCAGCAAGGGAUGCUGCAGGGGGGAUUCGUCUGAUGAUAGAGGCAAAACUUUCACCAGGUCCUUCAAUAUGCAAUGUCCGUCGCCAUGGUGAUAGUAGCCGUUGGCAUGAAGUUGGUGUUAGUGUAGCUAGUGGUAAUUUCCUUGCAGCCAAGAGAAGAGGAGUUGUUGAGGGUGUUGAUUAUGGAGCAACAGGUGAGGUAAAAAGGGUAGAUGUUGCUCGCAUGUGUGAGAGGCUUGAUGCUGGUUGUCUAGUUAUACUAAGCAACCUGGGUUAUUCCAGCUCCGGAGAAAUUCUAAAUUGCAACACAUAUGAAGUUGCCACGGCUUGUGCAUUAGCUAUUGGAGCAGAUAAGCUUAUUUGCAUCAUAGAUGGUCCAAUCAAGGAUGAGACUGGACGCCUUAUUCGUUUCUUGACUCUUCAAGAAGCAGAUAUGCUUAUUCGUCAAUGGGCAGAGCAAAGUGAGAUAGCAGCUAACUAUGUGCAGGCUGUUGGUGAUGAGGAACUUGGUUGCCUCGGACACAAUGAUUCUGUUGCAGUUAUCCCUUCUCCACAGAAUGGGAAGGCUAUUAGUCAAAUGCACAUUCCAACUUUUCAAAAUGGUGUUGGUUUUGAUGGUGGCAAUGGACUAUCUGGCUUUGCGAUUGGAGGUCAAGAGCGUCAAAGCCGAUCAAAUGGCUAUCUUUCAGAGUUGGCUGCUGCAGCUUUUGUUUGUAGGCGAGGUGUCGAAAGAGUUCAUUUACUGGAUGGGACUAUUGGUGGAGUUUUGUUAUUGGAACUGUUCAAAAGAGAUGGAAUGGGGACCAUGGUAGCCAGUGAUCUAUACGAGGGAACCCGGAUGGCUAAGGCGACAGAUCUUUCUGGAAUUAAGCAAAUAAUACAACCUUUAGAAGAAGCUGGAACACUGGUUCAUAGGACUGAUGAAGAGCUACUUAGAACAUUAGACUCAUUUGUUGUGGUGGAAAGGGAAGGUCAUAUCAUUGCUUGUGCUGCUCUUUUUCCUUACUUCAAAGACAAGUGUGGAGAGGUUGCUGCUAUUGCAGUUUCUCCUGAAUGCCGAGGACAGGGUCAGGGGGACAAAUUGCUUGAUUACAUUGAGAAGAAGGCAUCCUCUCUUGGAUUGGAUAUGCUUUUCCUGUUGACAACCCGCACUGCUGAUUGGUUUGUUCGGCGUGGCUUCCAAGAAUCUACAAUUGACAUGAUACCUGAAAAAAGGAGGGAAAAAAUUAACCUAUCUCGUAGAUCCAAGUAUUAUAUGAAGAAGUUGUUGCCUGAUAAGAGUGGAAUUACCGCUGAUAGAACUUUUAAAUAAGGUCGCAAUUGCAAGGCAUCAAGUCAUAAAUGAUUUUGUUGGAGAAAUCUUUUGCCAGUAAGUUUAAAGAUUGAUCAAAGGAUCUUGCAUCAGCUAAUUGGAAUUACAAGCCUAGUGGGUUUAUAACCAUUAUCAUGUUGUUGUAAACUUUUCUAAAGGAAUUGUGCCUUGCAAAAUAACAUAGAGAGUGAUAAACAUGCUCAAAAUACUUUAUAGGCAGUUGAGAGUUGUUAAGGAUUAGGUUUUAGGUUUACCUUGAGAUUCAUAAAUUAUAAUAAAUGGAGCAAUUGCCA